AUGCCUCGGCGCACGUUCUACCUCGACAACUUCCGCACCUUCCUCACCGCACUCGUCAUCCUGCACCACUCCUCCGCGCCCUACGGCGGCAUUGGCUUCUGGCUCUACUCGCCUUCUCGUCACCCGAGGCGCUCGCGGUACCAGUUCGUCAACGAGAAAUGGAAGAGACUAGGCCUUCCGACGGUGGUGUAUAGCGUGGUGUCCAAGAGCGUGAUUGCUGGGGUCAUAGCGCGGGUGAGGGAUAGGCUGGAUUGGAGCACGGUGGGGUCUGAGGCGUGGGACGGUGUAAGGAGUGUUAGGGGGGUUAGGGGGCCGGUGUGGUACUGUGCGUUGCUAUUGAUUUUCGACGUGGUAUAUGCUGUGGUGAGGCCGGGAGAUUUUGGGUCUGCAUUGCCGGGCCCGGGACGCAAAGUCUAUACUACGGGAACGGAGGGCCCGAAGGAUGGAGAGAAGCGCACCACCGCCACCCAGCAGAAGGCGAAAAGCGUCCGCACGCUGCAUGUGCUCGCGGCCCUGGCCAUGAGUUCCAUGUCUUCGUUCCUGAUACGGGUAUACUGCCCUAUCCGCACGCCCUUCACGCCGCUGAACUUGAGAGUCGGCUACAUACCGCAGUACGCUCUCUUCUACAGCACUGGCGUCUUUACGCACCGCCAUUUGAAGACACAGCUACCUGAGCUCGUCACGCGCAGAACGCAGGCCAUGCUCUGCAGCCUCAUCACCGCAAUCACUGCUUUCGGGCUUUGGGUACUCAACGCUGAGCUCGCGAAGGACGACAAGCGCCUAGCCGACGUGUUGAAAAUGGGGGAAGGGGGCUUUGAAACCCUUGCUUUCUUGUACGCAGCCUGGAAUGAGUGCAUGGGUGUGCUGAUCUGCUCCUUUUUACUGCACACCUUUGCCAGUCGGUCGUGGCUUGGGGUGCAGUGGGCGCCGUUUGGCUUCGACCUUGCGCGGUUUAGUUAUGCGGCUUUUUUGGUACAUGCCCUGGUUGUUGUAACUGUGCAGUGUUUGCUGGAUGGCUGGGAGGCGGGCGCGGUUCUCAAGAGCGCUGUUGUGGGGUUAAUGGGAUGUGUGGCGAGUUGGGCGGAUGGGUGGGUGCUUGUUAGCUUGUUGGAGGGAAUAGGUAUCAGGGGCGUUGUUUGA